AUGGCCGCCUCCACAAUGUCCGUCUGCUCUGAGCCCUGCACUGAGUCCUCCUGGCAGAUCGAGGACUGUCCAGAGAGCUGCUGUGAGCCUGCCUGCUGUACCCCCAGCUAUUGCCAGCCCAGCUGCUGUGCCCCAGCCCCCUGCCUGACUCUCAUCUGCACCCCAGUGAGCUGUGGGUCCAGUCCCUGUUGCCAAUCUGCCUGCAGCAGCUGCUGCACACCCUCAUGCUGCCAGCAGUCUAGCUGCCAGCCCUCAUGCUGCACCUGCUCCCCUUGCCAACAGUCCUGCUGUGUGCCUGUCUGUUGCAAGCCUGUCUGCUGUGUGCCUGUCUGCUGCAAGCCUGUCUGCUGCACACCCAUCUGUUCUGGCUCCUCAUGCUGCCAGCAGUCUAGCUGCCAGCCAGCUUGUGGCAUCUGCUCUCCUUGCCAGCCAUCCUGCUGCAUGACCCUGUGCUGCAAGCCUGUCUGCUGCACACCCAUCUGCUCUGGAUCCUCCUCAUGCUGCCAGCAGUCUAGCUGCCAACCUUCAUGCUGUCAAUCCUCCUGCUGUGUGCCUGUCUGCUGCAAGCCCUGCUCCAGUGUGUCCCUGCUCUGCCGCCCUGUGUGCAGACCCGCCUGCUGUGUGCCCAGCUCCUCCUGCUGUGCCUCCUCCUGCCAGCCCAGCUGCUGCAAGCCCUGCUCCAGCAUGUCCCUGAUCUGCAGCCCUGCCUGCUCCCGCCAAGCCUGCUGUGGCCUCUCCUCGGGCCAGAAGUCCGGUUGCUGA